GUGACCCGUUGUAACACACGGCCGAAAAAUAACCGAUUCGAAAUACAACCGAACCGAAUAACACCCGUCCGAAACCGACCCGAUCAACCGAAUGAACACCUCUAGUAGUCUCUAUUCCGUUCAAUCCUCAAUUCCUCAUAAAUCAUCGUCUUCCUUCCGCACCCCUUUUCAAUUAAAAACUCUGACCCAAAACAAUGGCUUCUUUUCUCGUCGGACCACCAUCACCACAUACAAACCAGCCCACCACCACAACCGACAACCCAUUUAUUAACCAUAUGGUUUCCAAUUUCAACAGUUUACAUACUUACCCAUCAACAAUGGGUCAAACCCGAAACAACUCUGCUACUUAUCUUUCUACCGGAAAUCCCUGUUUGGAUCUUUUCUUCAAUGAUGUUCCGAACACUCCUUCUGAUUCUUUAAUCGAUCGUCUUAAUCUUGCUUGGUCUUACAGCCCUUUAACAACCCUUAAACUAAUCUGUAAUCUUCGUGGUGUUAGAGGUACUGGUAAAUCUGAUAAAAAUGGGUUUUAUACUGCUGCUAUUUGGCUCCAUGAAAAUCAUCCUCAAGCUCUUGCUUGUAAUCUUGAGAGUUUUGUUAGAUUUGGGUAUUUAAAAGAUCUUCUGGAGAUUUUGUUUCGGGUUCUGGGUUUUACUCACCCAGCUAAAAUGGGGAAACAAUAUGGCACUGGGUUUCAAUCUUUUAAACCAUUGAAGUACUCAAGAAAAAGGAAGGUUCAAAAAUCAAUGGCGUCUGCUGCUAGAGAGGCGAGAAUUACAGCCUCCAUUGAAACGCAAGCGAGAGAAAAACAGGAAGCCAGAAAACUUCGCCAUUCUAAACGCUCUGAUAUGGCGAAAACGGCAUUGGAAAGGUAUAAAAGUGAUUACGAUUACCGAUUUCUGCAUGAUAAAGUAUCAAAUCUGUUUUCCUCUCAUUUGAUAAUCGAUAUGGAAAAUCUCAAAUCAGGGAAGCUUAAUAAGAUCAGCCUUGCAGCAAAAUGGUGUCCCUCAUUAGAUUCUUGCUAUGAUCGUGCUACCCUUCUCUGUGAAGCCAUAGCUAAGAAGGUUUUUCCAAGGGACAAGUAUGAGGAAUAUUCUGGUGUGGAGGAGGCACACUAUGCUUACCGUGUUCGUGACCGUCUUCGUAAAGAUAUCCUCGUCCCUCUCCGCCGUGCAUUACAGCUUCCAGAAGUUUUCAUGUCGGAAAAUCGGUGGACGGAGUUGCCUUACAAUCGGGUUUCCUCAGUCGCAAUGAAAACAUACAAGGAAAUCUUCUUAAAUCACGAUGAGAAAAGGUUUGUUGAUUAUCUCAACAGGGUAAGAUCCAAAAAGGCGAAAAUCUCAGCCGGAGGUCUUCUUCCCCAUGAGAUUAUCUCGUUAUUGAAUGAUGGAGAUGGUGGAAUGGUUGCAGAGCUUCAAUGGAAGAGAAUGGUUGAGGAUUUAUCCAAAGAAGGUAAACUAAACAAUUGUAUAGCUGUUUGUGAUGUUUCUAGAUCAAUGGAAGGUACUUCCAUGGAAGCUUGUGUAUCUCUUGGGUUAUUACUAUCUGAGCUUAGUGAAACUCCAUGGAAAGGGAAGGUGAUAACAUUUAGUGAAAACCCACAUCUCCAUUUGAUUGAAGGAGAUGAUUUAAGAUCGAAAAUACAAUUUAUUAAAAAAAUUGAAUCGGGGAAGAAACCUGAUUUCCAGAAAGUGUUUGAUUUAAUUCUUAGGGUUGCAGUAGAUGGGAAAGUUAAUGGGGAUCAGAUGAUCAAAAAGGUGUUUGUGUUUAGCAAUAUGGAGUUUGAUAAAGCUUCAGAGAAUCCAUGGGAGACAGACUAUCAUGUGAUAAGGAGAAAGUAUGAAGAAGAAGGGUAUGGUGAUUAUAUACCGGAGAUUGUGUUUUGGAGAAUGCAGGAUUCGAUGUCGAUUCCGGUGUUUAAGAAGCAGAAGGGGGCGGUUUUGGUUAGUGGGUAUUCGAAGAAUGUAAUGAAGUUGUUUAUAAAUGGAAAGUGUAAGGAGGUUAAUCCUGAAGCUUUAAUGGAGGUUGCUAUUUCAGGGGAUGAGUUUGGUCAGCUGAUUGUUUUUAAGGAUGAUGGUCGAGUAUACGUGUCGGGUUCAUCUUAUGGAGGCGGACGGGGAAGGGGCUGGUCACGGGGACGGGGACGGGGACGGGGACGGGAAUGGAAUACGCCGACUCCGGUCGAUCAAGAUCCUUACGGGUACGGUGGUAGGGUCAAUAUGAGCACCCGGGUCUUGGAUUGAGGACUUUUAUCGUUAAUGUGAUAGAGAUUUGACCUAUUUUUUGUCCACAUGUAGUCGCCACAUUUCCAUUAUGUGCACUAUUUAUCGUUUAAAUUUAUUUUAUAUAUUGCGACUAAUAUGUAAGUAAUAAUAUAGUCAAGUGGAAUUUUGUUUGAAUCGUCUAAUGACAUAUUUUCAUAAUAUUAACUUUUUACGAUUUUUAAAUUUAUACAGUUCAAGAAGUAAAUAAACAAAAUAGUAAUGAAAUAAGUAAGGAAUAAAGUAUAAAUCUAAAUGUAAAAUUGUAAAAAAGUGUACCAAACUUCUGUACAUUGUAAGAAGUAGUAACUAUUCAACAUCCUUCAUCUACUAUUGUAAUAUUCUAGUGGUUAUGUACCGUUGAAUUUUGUAUUUCUACUACAUUAUCAAAUACUUC